CGGAUGCUCCGCUGGGACGUUUCCUUGAUGACAGGGUCAACAACAUGGCGCUGCCCAUGGUUUAAUGUGUGGAUCUGUUCGCUGACAUGAAUUUCUCCAGUUUGCCGUUUAAUGUGAGAAGCAGUGACGCAGCGCGGGUGUCGGAAUCAUCGUCUCCUCUCUGUCGAACUCUUCAUUUGACUUCAAACACGUAAAGGACGUCAGUGAACGGCGCCAUGUCCGGGUCAAACGUGUGGAGUCGCAGCAGAGAGAAGCUGCGAGUUUUCCCUGAACUGUUCGCUCAGUGUUCAGCAGAGGCAGCAGCAUAUGGGAAGUGUGUGGCAGCUACCACAACAGGCAGACAGGAGUUGAAAAAGGACCUUUGUGCCAAGGAAUUUGAAGCACUGAAGACCUGCUUCACAAAUGCAGCCAAGAAAAGAGCCAAAUAAAUGGAAACCGUCCUCCUUAUGUUGGAGGAAUGAAUGCAGCGGAGCAGCCACAGAAAUCAACAGUUCAGUGCAGGAGACAUGAAGUGCUGAGUGGCUUGUGAGGCUGAUAGUGACAGAACAUGGCUGCUUCUUGAUGCUGAGAAGCAACUGACUGUAUCACGGCUUGACAAAGGACACUGUUAAUGUGGACACUCUACAUCACUGCCAUCCAUCAAUUAUGUAUUUUUCAGCAGCGUAUCUUUGCCUAGAAUAGGUACGAUUGAUUUAACUGUGUACUAUAGAGAUGUGAAUAAACUAGAAUUAUUGCCC